AUGGGAAAGGAAAAGACUCACGUUAACGUCGUUGUCAUUGGACACGUCGACUCUGGAAAGUCCACCACCACCGGUCACUUGAUCUACAAGUGCGGUGGUAUCGACAAGCGUACCAUUGAGAAGUUCGAGAAGGAGGCUGCUGAGCUCGGUAAGGGUUCCUUCAAGUACGCCUGGGUUUUGGACAAACUUAAGGCUGAGCGUGAGCGUGGUAUCACCAUCGACAUUGCUCUCUGGAAGUUCGAGACCCCCAAGUUCUACGUCACCGUCAUUGACGCCCCUGGUCACCGUGAUUUCAUCAAGAACAUGAUCACUGGUACCUCCCAGGCUGACUGUGCCAUUCUCAUCAUCGCCGGUGGUACUGGUGAGUUCGAGGCUGGUAUCUCCAAGGACGGUCAGACCCGUGAGCACGCUCUCUUGGCCUACACCCUCGGUGUCAAGCAGCUCAUCGUUGCCGUCAACAAGAUGGACACCACCAAGUGGUCCGAGUCCCGUUUCGAGGAGAUCAUCAAGGAGACCUCCAACUUCAUCAAGAAGGUCGGUUACAACCCCAAGACCGUUGCUUUCGUCCCCAUCUCCGGAUGGCACGGAGACAACAUGAUCGAGGCCUCCGCCAACAUGCCCUGGUACAAGGGAUGGACUAAGGAGACCAAGGCCGGUGUCUCCAAGGGUAAGACCCUCCUCGAGGCUAUCGACUCCAUCGAGCCCCCCGUCCGUCCUUCCGACAAGCCCCUCCGUCUUCCCCUCCAGGAUGUCUACAAGAUCGGUGGUAUCGGCACAGUGCCCGUCGGUCGUGUCGAGACCGGUGUCAUCAAGGCCGGUAUGGUCGUCACCUUCGCCCCCGCUGGUGUCACCACUGAGGUCAAGUCCGUUGAGAUGCACCACGAGCAGCUUGUCGAGGGUGUCCCCGGUGACAACGUCGGUUUUAACGUCAAGAACGUUUCCGUUAAGGAGAUCCGUCGUGGUAACGUCUGCGGUGACUCCAAGAACGACCCCCCCAUGGGUGCCGCUUCUUUCAAUGCUCAGGUUAUCGUCUUGAACCACCCUGGACAGAUCGGUGCUGGUUACGCUCCCGUCCUCGACUGCCACACCGCUCACAUUGCUUGCAAGUUCUCUGAGCUCUUGGAGAAGAUCGACCGCCGUACCGGUAAGGCUAUGGAGGACCACCCCAAGUUCAUCAAGUCUGGUGAUGCUGCUAUCGUCAAGAUGAUUCCCUCCAAGCCCAUGUGUGUUGAGGCUUUCACUCAGUACCCUCCCCUCGGUCGUUUCGCUGUCCGUGACAUGCGUCAGACCGUCGCUGUCGGUGUCAUCAAGUCCGUUGAGAAGGCCGCUGCCGGUGCCGGUAAGGUUACCAAGGCUGCCCAGAAGGCUGUCAAGAAAUAA